AUGCCCAUUGAUUCACGUACUGUGGAAGAGGAGGACCGAAAUCCUUGUGCCAAUGGGGGCGAUUCAGAUGUCAAUGUUAAAGGAGCUAAGCAUAACAAGAAGAGAAAAGAAAAGAUGGAGCAUUGCAAGACUGAUGGUGAUGAUUAUGGUGUUGAUGAGUAUAAUGAGAAGAAAAAAGGAAAGAUGAUAGAAUACAAUAUCGAUGGAGAUGUUGAUGUUGAUGUUGCUGACACCAUCUUCUCUGAAGAAGAAAACAGAGAAAAUUUCGAACAAGUUUGCUUCAUGUUUCUAGUAAUACGCAUUUAG